UCUCCGGGCGCGCGCCCCAGAAUGCAGCGACCUGGUGUCGGGAGAGAUUUGGACUCGCAGGGGCUGAAGACUUUGAUUAAUUACUAUUGUCAAGAAAGGUAUUUCCAUCAUGUUUUGCUUGUUGCCAAUGAAGGAAUGAAGAAAUAUGCCCAUGAUCCCAUCUUCAGAUUUUAUUAUGCCUAUGGUACAUUAAUGAAAGGUAAAACUCAAGAAGCUCUUCGAGAAUUUGAGGCAAUUAAAGAUAAAGAAGAUGUAUCCCUAUGUUCUCAAAUUGCAUUAAUAUACGCCCAUAAAAUGAGCCCAAAUCCAGACAAAGAAGCUAUUCUGGAAUCAGAUACAAGAGUAAAAGAACAACGUAAAGGAGCAGGACCAAAAGUUUUGUACCAUGCAGGCUUAUUUUUAUGGCACAUUGGUCGACAUGACAAGGCGAGAGAAUAUAUCGACAGAAUGGUCAAAAUGUCCAAUGGCAGUAAAGAGGGACAGGUUUUAAGAGCAUGGCUUCAUAUCACACGAGGAAAAGAAUCUUCUGCUAAAAAAGCACUAAGAUACUUUGAAGAUGCAUUGCAAGAUGGAAAUGAUAUCUUUGCACUUUUGGGUAAGGCUCAAUGCCUUGAGAUGUGUCAGAUUUAUUCAGGUGCUCUGGAGACAUUGAACCAUAUAAUCGUGAACUUUCCAAGUUUUCUUCCUGCGUAUAUGAAGAAAAUGAAAUUACAACUAGCCUUGCAGGACUGGGACCAAACAAUUGAAACAGCACAAAGGUUAUUGCUUCAAGAUAAUCAAAAUGUGGAAGCCCUAAGAAUACUGGCUCUUUACUAUUUGUGUAGAGAAGGGGAUAUAGAGAAGGCUGCCACCAAAUUGGAAAAUUUAGAAAAUGCAUUGAAUGCCAUGGAACCACAAAAUGGUGAACUAUUUUACAAGAUCACAGUAGCCUUCAGCAGAACUUGUGGCCGUAAUCAUCUCAUUCUUCAAAAAAUUCAGUCAUUUCUAGAAAAAGCAUUUAGUUUAACCCCCCAACAAUCCGAAGUUGCAUCGGAACUUGGACAUCAGAUGAUUUUACAAAACAAAGUUAAAGAGGCUUUGAAGUGGUAUAAGACUGCCAUGACACUUGAUGAAACUAGUGUCACUGCAUUAAUUGGUUUUAUUCAAUGUCAACUAAUAGAAGGGCAAAUACAGGAAGCUGAUCAGCAGCUAGAAUUUCUUAAUGAAAUUCAGGAGUCUAUUGGAAAAUCUGCGGAAUUGACAUAUUUAUAUGCAGUUCUCGCUAUGAAGAAAAAGAAACGGCAAAAAGUUAUUAAUUUGUUAAAUGAUGUCCUAGACAUUCAUUUUGCACACUUAGAAGAUUUACCUCUUGGCAUACAGUACUUUGAGAAGUUAAAUCCUGAUUUUUUGUUAGAAGUUAUUACAGAAUAUCUGAAUUUCUGUCCAAUGCAGCCUGCAAGCCCUGGGCAACCACUUUGUCCACUUCUCAGACGUUGUAUCUUAAUUCUGGAGACAGUAGUGAGAACUGUACCAGGUCUUCUGCAAGCAGUCUUUCUCAUAGCAAAGGUGAAGUAUUUGUCAGGUGAUACUGAAGCAGCUUAUAAUAACUUGCAGCAUUGCUUGGAACACAAUCCUUCUUAUGCAGAUGCUCAUCUCUUGAUGGCUCAGGUUUUUUUGUGUCAGGAGAAAUUCAAAUUGUGCUCUCAGUCACUUGAACUUUGCCUGAGCUAUAAUUUUAAGGUGAGAGAAUGUCCUUUAUAUCAUUUGAUAAAAGCUCUAUCACAAAAGAAAAUGGGGGAAAUAGCAGAAGCACUUAAAACUCUGCACAUGGCAAUGAGUUUACCAGAAAUGAGGAGAACUGGAGGCUCCGCAAAAUUGAAAUGCAAAGAUACCGAGGUUGAUGCAAGCCACCGUUUAUCAGUCUUCCUGGAGUUGAUAGAGGUUCAUCGCUUAAAUGGAGAACAGCAUGAAGCAGCAAAAGUUUUACAAGACGCUAUUCAUGAAUUUUCUGGGACAUCUGAGGAACUGCGUGUUACUAUUGCUAGUGCAGACCUAGCUCUGGCCCAAGGAGAUGUCGAUCGGGCUUUGAGCAUGCUUCGGAAUGUUACAGCUGAGCAGCCUUAUUUCAUAGAGGCCAAAGAAAAAAUGGCAACUAUAUAUCUAAAGUACAGGAAAGAAAAAAUGUUAUAUAUCGCUUGUUACAGAGAAGUAGCUGAAAAACUGCCCAGUCCUCACUCUUUCCUUCUCCUUGGUGAUGCAUAUAUGAGUAUUCAAGAGCCUGAAGAAGCAAUAGUAGCAUAUGAACAAGCUUUAAAUCAGAACCCAAAAGAUGAAACAUUGGCAAGCAAAAUUGGGAAAGCACUGGUCAAAACUCACAACUAUUCAAAGGCAAUCACUUAUUAUGAAGCUGCUUUGAAAAGUGGACAACAAAAUUAUCUUAGCUAUGACCUGGCUGAGCUUCUGUUAAAAUUGAAAUGGUAUGACAAGGCUGAAAAAGUUCUUCAACAUGCUCUAGCUCAUGAUCCUGUAAAUGAACUGUCAGCUCUUGUGGCGAAUGCACGUUCUCAAGUUCUUCUAGCAAAAAUUUAUAGUAAAAUGGAAAGACUUCAUGAUGCAAUCACUUCAUUACAACAGGCUCGAGAAUUGCAAGUUCGGGUACUAAAACGUGUUCAGAUGGAACAGCCAGAUGCAGUUCCAGCACAGAAGCAGUUAGCUGCUGAAAUUUGUGCAGAGAUUGCAAAGCAUUCUGUGGCUCAGAGAGACUAUGAAAAAGCAAUUAAGUUUUAUAGAGAGGCUCUUGUUCAUUGUGAAACAGAUAAUAAGAUAAUGUUAGAACUGGCACGAUUAUACCUGGCACAAGGUGAUCCUGACUCUUGCCUGCGGCACUGUGCUCUGCUUCUUCAGAGUGACCAGGACAAUGAGGCUGCCACGAUGAUGAUGGCAGAUCUCAUGUUUAGAAAACAGGACUAUGAACAAGCAGUGUUUCAUUUACAACAGCUCUUAGAACGCAAACCAGAUAAUUAUAUGACAUUAUCUCGAUUGAUUGAUUUUUUAAGAAGAUGUGGAAAACUUGAUGAUGUUCCAAGAUUUUUUUUAAUGGCUGAGAAAUGUAACUCCAGAUCAAAACUGGAAGCAGGAUUUCAAUACUGCAAAGGGUUAUAUCUUUGGUAUAUUGGAGAACCAAAUGAUGCCCUUCGACAUUUUAAUAAAGCUCGGAAAGAUAGUGAGUGGGGCCAAAAUGCCCUUUAUAAUAUGAUAGAAAUAUGUUUAAAUCCAGAUAAUGAAACUAUUGGAGGUGAAGUUUUUGAAAAUCUAAAUGGAGACCUGGGUAAUUCAUCUGAGAAGCAAGAGUCAGUGCAAUUAGCAGUGAGAACAGCAGAAAAACUCCUUAAAGAACUAAAACCUCAGACUGUUCAGGGUCAUGUACAGCUUCUCAUAAUGGGAAACUAUUGCCUAAUGGCUACCAAACAGAAGUCUAAUGUUGAACAGGCUUUGAACACCUUCACAGAAAUAGCAACAUCUGAGAUGGAUCAUAUUCCAGCACUUUUGGGAAUGGCAACAGCUUAUAUGAUCUUGAAACAGACUCCCAGAGCCAGAAACCAGCUGAAACGGAUUGCAAAAAUGAACUGGAAUCCUGUUGAUGCUGAAGAUUUUGAGAAGAGUUGGCUUCUACUUGCAGAUAUUUACAUACAAUCUGCAAAGUAUGACAUGGCAGAAGAGCUGCUAAAACGGUGCCUGCGUCAUAAUAAGUCUUGUUGCAAAGCUUAUGAAUAUAUGGGAUACAUAAUGGAAAAGGAGCAAGCAUAUACAGAUGCUGCACUAAACUAUGAGAUGGCAUGGAAACAUGGCAAUCAGACCAAUCCUGCUGUUGGAUACAAACUGGCUUUUAAUUACUUAAAGGCAAAAAAGUAUGUGGAAGCAAUUGACAUUUGUCAUCAGGUUCUUGAUGCACAUCCAACAUAUCCCAAAAUCAGAAAGGAUAUACUUGAUAAAGCCCGUACUUCUUUAAGACCUUGAAAAUUAUUUUGUUGGUGAAGGGGGCAAUCAAUGGAAUCAGCCAUGCAAAUAAUUUGAAUGAUUUGUCAGUAACGGAAGCAAAUUUUUCUUUCUCCAGCAGAGGCUGCUCUUGUAUAUGAAGAGAAGUGCAGUGGCAGAUAGAUGUUUUCUA